UUUCGCCCUGUGCUUCAAAAUCAAGUCCAACUGAUGGAGAAAAGGAAAAAGAACAUCAAAGUAAUGGACUUCAUUGAGAAGAGGAUGAAAUCAUAUGACGUUAAUCCUCAGGGUAUUUCGAAAUAUACAGACUUCUUGCUGUUUGAUUGUUAUAGGCUAAGAAAUGUACAUUCCAUUAAGGAUUUUACUAUCGAAGGAAUUUUACAGCAGGAGGUUUUUACCUUUGAAGACAUGAAGCUUGUUGCUGAUGUCUGUCUUAUGGGUAAUUGGAAAUACGAGAAGGAUUUUGCUUUACUGCCGCUGGAUAUGCGCAAACAAUGUGCUAAGAUACUUCCUUCUGCUAUUUUAAGUAAAUAUGGACCUCCCUCCAAAAUGGGAGGGAUCUACAGUAUUUGUCAUCCUGAUAGGGGGGGUGUUGAUCCAAGUUCUCGGUUCAUAAACAGAGCAUCGCACUCUGCUGGCAUCCUUUAUUAUGAAUCUCAUGCAAAAAUACACAGGGUGACUGAAUAUAACGUUUCCACAUUAUUAGAGUAUUUGUACAAAGAGAGGAUUGAAAUGAAACGUGAAAGCAAAUAUACAGUCUCUGUCACUAAAGAAGAUUGGCAAGGCUUUCUGCACCGUGCUGCAGUUUGUAACAUUUAUGUUAAGGACCACUCGACAGCUACAGGCUUCUUGCUGUUUGAUCGUUAUAUCCUAACAAAUGCACAUGUCAUUAAGAAUAUUAUUAACAAAGGAAUUUUAAAGCGGGUGGUUUCUGUCAUGUUUACCAUUGAAGACAUGAAGGGUGGAACAUACUUCCUCUCUUUAAACGUAAAACAAAAGGUUGUUGCUUAUGUGUGUAAUGCGAAAGUUUGGCAAUGGGAGAUGGAUUUUGCUUUACUGGAGCUGGAUCUGCAGGAGCAUGGGGUUCAGAUACUACAGUACCUCCUACUCUUCUAAGUACAUAUGGACCUCCCUCAGAGAUGGGAGGGAUCUCCAUUUGUGGUCACCCUGGUGGUGGGGGAAAAAGGAUUGAUGAAAGUUCCAUCAUUGAAAAAAAUUACCUUGUUGAAGAUCCCAAAUAUGUACAGGAUACAUUAUUGCAUUAUCACACAACUAUGCGUAAUGGGUCCUCGGGCUCCCCCAUCUUUGGGGAUAAUUCACAUUUGCUAGGCAUGCACACUGGUUACCUCAAUUUAAUUAAUGAAAGCGUGACUGAGUUUGGCAUUCCCAUGAACUUUAUAUUAGAGAAUUUGCUCCUAAAGAUGAUAAAACAAAAUAAAGAUGAACCUCUGUUAAAAUUUAUCCUUGAAGCAAUGAAGGGUGAGCAUUCAAUUGUUGUCAUUGCCAAAGUUAUCUGGGAUAAGUUGAGGGUGUUUUAUCAGCUGCCAUCACUACUGCAGACGUGUUAUGAAUUCCAAGAGCUGUGUACCCUUCUUUAUAAUAUGGGGCAAACUGAUUUCAAGAAACAGUUGAUCUUGCAACAUUAUUUUCCGAGUUUCAUUGAGAUUCCCAGGGAGGACAACACAGUGAUGGAGGGUGACAGUGGGAAACCAGAGAACCCUCAGCAGAAUUAUUGAAUCCUCUGCCUAGGCCACUGUAUCCAUCUGUUUCAGGACCACUACGAUUGUCCUGGUACUUGUCUUUCCCAACUGCAUUUUUUAUGAUUGAGUUUCUUGAUGUUUGUUUUAAUAAAGUCAAUGAAAAAAACUGACAUCUGUUACGUGCCGUAAGUUUCUGGUUCGUGCCGAGUAGGUUCGUCGGACGCCCUGCC